AUGGCACCUAUCGAUCACCCAACGCCCAACGAGAAGUACGACAUCGUCUUCAUUGGCGGAGGAAGCGGAGGUUCAGCGGGUUCGCGGCGUGCGGCCUUGUACAAGGCAAAGGUCGCAUUAAUCGAGGAGCAGGGAAAGCUUGGAGGCACUUGCGUGAACGUUGGAUGCGUCCCGAAGAAGAUUAUGUGGCACGCCGCCGACCUCGCCGAGAAGGCACGAUACGCGUCUGAGGGUUACCACUUCGAGAACGUGCCGGCUCCCAAGUUCAACUGGAAAACGUUCAAGCCUCAACGCGACGCAUAUAUCCAUAAGCUGAACGGUAUCUACGACAACAACGUCAACAAGGAGGGUGUCGCAUACCACCACGGGCGUGCAAAGCUUCUCUCGCCGAAAGACGUCGAGAUCACCCGUCCGGACGGCUCGAAGUACACCAUUCACACCGACAACGUCGUGGUGACGACUGGUGGUUACCCUAUCAUCCCAUCUGAUGAUAAGAUCCCUGGCGCUUCCCUGGGUAUCACCUCCGAUGGUUUCUUCGAGCUCGAGGAUCAACCAAAGCGCAUCGUGGUCGUCGGUGCCGGCUACAUUGCCGUCGAGCUCGCCGGUGUCCUACACACGCUCGGGACCGAGACACACCUUGUCAUUCGUCACGACAAAGUCCUCAGGACAUUCGAUCCCUCACUGCAGGACGUUCUCACGCCCUGGAUGGAGAAGACUGGCGUCAACAUACACAAGAACACCAACGUUGUCAAGGUGGAGGGCAAGCGUGGCGACCUGACCGUCCACUUCGACGACGGCUCGAGUGUCCAAGCAGAUGAGCUUCUGUGGGCGAUCGGCCGCGCGCCAAGCACGGACAACCUAGGCCUCGAAGACCUUGGCGUGAAACUGGAUGAGAAGCGCAACAUCGUCGUUGACGAAUACCAGCAGACAAACGUCCCGGGUGUCCUCGCUAUCGGCGACGUUCAGGGCAAGGCUCUGCUUACCCCAGUUGCGAUUGCGGCAGGCAGGCGUCUGUCGAACCGCCUGUAUGGUGGUCCGUCAUACAAGGACGAUAAGCUCAGCUACGACAACAUCCCGACAGUCGUCUUCUCCCACCCACCGAUCGGCACAGUUGGUCUUACCGAGCCUGAGGCGCGGGAGAAGUACGGCGAUGCUGUCAAGAUCUACAAGUCGUCAUUCCGUUCCUUGUUCUACUCUAUGAUCCCGGAGGAACACAAGGAACCGACUAUGUAUAAGCUCAUCGUUGUUGGCGAGGAGGAGAAGGUUGUUGGCGUGCAUAUCAUCGGUGCUGGUAGCGACGAGGUCAUGCAGGGCUUCGGUGUGGCGGUGAAGAUGGGCGCACGCAAGCGCGACCUUGACGACACCGUGGCCAUUCAUCCUACGUCCGCAGAAGAGCUGGUCACUCUCCGUUAA